CACACCGACCAUUCCGACCUCUCCGACGCCGCCCAAAUUGAUAACAAAAACAAUUGAAGGGUGUUCACACUGUGAGCGUGCGAACGGAAUUUCGAUUUGUCAAAUCGACAAACUCGCGCAAGAAGCAAUUUCGUCGAAGUGCCUGACCACACAUCGACGAGUUGUCGUUCUCUGUUUGAACAGUGGCCUCGCUUUUGAUUCGACCUCGCUGCCUUGCGUUUACCUGGAUUGCCGUUGGGUUCCAGUACCAGUAUCGACAGUUGAGAAAUAUGAAAGCAUCCAUGAGUAACAAACAGAAGAUUUCGCUGUUAUAUCUGCUGCGGCAAAAACGUAGGCGCCGUAAAAGGCUUUACUGGGUCCAUCCCAUACUACAGAGAAGAAAUGAGUUAGGCGAAUUCAGCAGACUCGUGAAAGAGCUAGAGUUGGAGAGAGAGUCUUAUUUCUUCCAGUACUUUAGAUUGUCUACAGAAAAGUUUAGGGAGCUUGCCCGACUUAUAGGCCCAAAGAUCGCCAGGCUAGAUACAAACUGGAGGAAAUCGAUAUCAGCCGAGCAAAGGCUAGCAAUAACAUUGAGGUUUCUUGCUACUGGGGACUCGUACCGCACAAUUGGAACAUCAUACAGAGUCGGGUGGUCUACAAUUUCAGGAAUUGUUCCUGACACGUGCAAAGCUCUGUAUGAUGUUCUUCAGCCUUUACAUAUGAGUGUACCCGGUAAAAAAGAAUGGAGAUCUAUUUGUGACAAUUUUUGGAAUAAAUGGCAGUUCCCAAAUUGCUUGGGUGCCAUUGAUGGGAAGCAUGUGGUCAUACGCUCACCGGCUAAUUCAGGCUCGAAAUACUUCAACUACAAGGGUGCUUUUAGCAUUGUGUUGCUAGCCGUUGUAGAUGCAGAUUACAAAUUUAUACUCAUCAGCGUUGGGGGUUAUGGAAGACAGUCAGAUGGUGGUACUUUUGCAGACUCUGAAUUGGGACAUGCAAUCAAGCAUAAUACUUUAAGCAUACCAAACCCAAAACCUUUGCCUGGACAAAAUGACAAUCCUAUCCCCCAUGUUUUUGUGGCGGAUGCCGCUUUUCCACUUAGCAUUCAUCUGAUGAGGCCUUAUCCUGGAAAAUGCCUUUCAACCAAGAAAACUGUUUUUAACUAUAGGCUGUCAAGAGCAAGACGGACUGUUGAAAAUGCGUUUGGUAUUUUAUCCCAACGUUUUCGUGUUUUUCUAAGGCCAAUUGCCGUAUUGCCUCACAGAGUAGACAUUAUUGUGAAGGCUGCUUGUUGCUUACAUAAUUAUCUACAAGUGGGAAAAGAUGGAAUUGGAGGUGAAGCUAACAACAUAGCAGACGCACAAAGGCUGGAAGGCAUGACACGAACUGGGUGCAAUGCUUCUACCGCAGCACUGAAUAUACGCGAAAACUUUGCGGACUAUUUUGUGUCACCUGUUGGAUCACUGUCUUGGCAGUAUUCCUAGUUUUUAUAGUACCUUUGAAUAAAAACAAUAUUGCAAAA